UGCAGUUCUUUGCAUGUUCUAAUUUGCCAUGACGUGGUCAAGUGCUGUUUCCUUCCUGUUGCUUGCAAGCCUGUGCUAGAGAUAAGGAUACAUUUCAGUGCAUUAAAAAAGAAGCCACAGAAGACAGGCGUAAGCAUGGUCAAGAAGUUCUAGAGAAGAAAAAUUUCAGAAAAAUUGCAUCAAUUUAAGUAAAAUCUCAGUGAAGCAAGAAAAUUUGAAGCACCUUCCCUAAGGAAAACCUGGGCAUACAGUAACUUCACAGAGUUAGCUUGGGUUAUUUACACAAAUUGAUCACUGGACUCUGCUGCCUGGUACCUGAACCUGUUUGGAAUUUUUCUCAUGUGGAUCUGAGGGGAAUGCUUUAUUAUGGCUGCUGUUGUCCAACAGAACGACCUAGUGUUUGAAUUUGCUAGUAACGUCAUGGAGGAUGAACAACAGCCGCACUGCAGGGCAUGCGGGAUCUUAGUUCCAAGACCAGGGAUUGAACCCGUGCCCCCUGCUGUGGAAGCACAGAGUCUUAACCACUGGACCACCAGGGAAGUCCCUCCAUCGGGGAAAUUUUUAAAGACUGUUUUUAACCAGCUUUUUGUUUAGCAAAACAUUUGAUAGCUAUUUCAAGCUGUUUCAUAGGGGAUCUUGGCAGGAUGUUUCACAACAGCCGCGGACCAGAUUGAGCUCUGCUGUUGGAGAAGCUUGGCAAACAAGUUACUUGAAAGCUUGGUGAUCCGGCUAUUUUUCCUGCUGUCAUUGUGGAACACGUUCCUGGUGCUGAUAUUCUAAAUAGCUACGCGGGUCUAGCCUGUGUCGAGGAGCCCAAUGACAUGAUCACCGAGAGCUCCCUGGAUGUCGCCGAAGAGGAAAUCAUCGAUGAGGACGACGAUGACAUCACCCUUACAGUUGAAGCUUCCUGUCAUAAUGGGGAUGAAACAAUUGAAACUAUCGAGGCUGCCGAGGCACUCCUCAAUAUGGAUUCUCCUGGCCCUAUGCUGGAUGAAAAGCGCAUCAAUAAUAAUAUAUUUAGUUCAUCUGAAGAUGACAUUGUUGUUGCCCCAAUCACCCAUGUAUCCGUCACAUUAGAUGGGAUUCCUGAAGUGAUGGAAACUCAGCAUGUUCAAGAGACAUACGCACACUCACCAGGACCCUCCUCACCAGAACAGCCUAAGAGAAAGAAAGGGAGAAAAACUAAACCACCACGACCGGAAUCCCCAGCCACUACACCAAACAUAUCUGUGAAGAAGAAAAACAAAGAUGGGAAGGGAAACACAAUUUAUCUUUGGGAGUUUUUACUGGCACUGCUCCAGGACAAAGCUACUUGUCCUAAAUAUAUCAAAUGGACCCAGCGAGAAAAAGGCAUUUUUAAAUUGGUAGAUUCUAAAGCAGUAUCCAGGUUGUGGGGAAAGCACAAAAACAAACCUGACAUGAAUUAUGAGACCAUGGGAAGAGCUCUCAGGUACUAUUACCAAAGGGGUAUUCUGGCAAAAGUAGAAGGUCAGCGCUUGGUGUAUCAGUUUAAGGAUAUGCCGAAAGAUCUUAUUUAUAUAGACGAUGAGGACCCAAGUUCCAGCAUAGAGUCUUCAGAUCCAUCACUGUCUUCAACAACCACUUCGAGUAGGAACCAAGCAAGUCGAUCGAGAGUAUCUUCAAGUCCAGGGAUGAAAGGAGGAGCCACUACAGUUCUAAAACCAGGGAAUUCUAAAGCUGCAAAACCCAAAGAUCCUGUGGAACCUGCACAGCCAUCAGAGGUUCUGAGGACAAUGCAGUCCACACAGACUCCAUAUCCUACCCAGCUCUUCCGGACUAUUCAUGUAGUGCAGCCAGUGCAAGCUGUUCCAGAAGGAGAGGCCACCAAUAGCGUGCAGGAUGAAACAUUAAAUUCUUCUGUUCAGAGUAUUAGGACUAUACAGGCUCCAGCUCAAGUUCCUGUGGUCGUAUCUCCUGGGAAUCAGCAUUUGCACACAGUGACGCUGCAGACAGUGCCAAUCACAACAGUUAUAGCCAGCACAGAUCCAUCAUCAGGUGCUGGAUCUCAGAAAUUUAUCUUACAAGCCAUUCCAUCGUCACAGCCCAUGACAGUACUGAAAGAAAAUGUCGUGCUCCAGUCGCAGAAGCCGGGCUCUCCUCCUUCCAUUGUCUUGAGUCCUGCACACGUACAGCAGGUUCUUACUAGCAACGUUCAGUCCGUUUGCAAUGGAACCGCCAGCGUGGCUUCGUCUCCGUCCUUCAGUGCUACCACGCCUGUGGUGACCUUUUCUCCUCGCAGUUCACAACUGGUUGCUCACCCACCUGGCACUGUAAUCACUUCAGUUAUCAAAGCUCAAGAAACAAAAACUCAUAUACAGGAAGUAGAGAAAAAGGAGGUUGAAGAUAAUUUGAAAGAAGGCACUGAGGAAACUGAGCAACAGGCACUGCCUUAUGUGAUGGUGGUAUCCAAUGGAUUUACCUCUCAGGUAGCUAUAAAAAAUGAACUGCUGGAACCCAACUCUUUCUAAGUAAUAUACCAAAGGAAUUAUGGAUGGUUGUUUUCUAAUUGAACAUUUUCAACUGUAUGCAAACUAUUGAUUGAUUCUAAGAUACAUUCUCCAGAUGUUCCUAAUUUUGUAGUUACUUGUUAAAAAUAAUAACUUAGAGUUAAUUUUGACUUUGUUAGAUGAUGGAGAAAAACCCAAAUGUUUCUCUUUGUUCUCCAAAUGUUUCAGAAUUCAAUUGUGAAGGAACAGACAUUUUAUACUAUGAAGACAUUCUUUAGAGAUUUUUUUCAGUGGUUAUAUCAUAAGCAUUUUUAAAGUUUCUUUUUAAAUUUUACAUUGUAUUAGCUUUUCUGAUUCUUUUGUAAAUACAGUACUUAAAUAUAAGACAUCAGGAAAUUUAUAUAGGGGCUAUUUUCAUUCCACUUGUAUAGGUUAAGUCUUGACUCUUUCAAAUGCAAGACACCUAUUUUAUGCCUUAUUAAAAUUAUGAUUUCACUUAGGUCGACUUUAGUUUGUUGCACUGUAUAUUGAACUAUGACUCUAUAAAAUAUAACAUUAAAAAUUGAAAUGUGCCCAUGGUAUGGCUGAAUCUGUUUCAGAAGCAGGAUAAUCUAAAAGCAUCAGCCUAAGCGUGGCUUUCCUACUAACCAGUUGUGUAACCUUGGGUAAGCCACUUGAUCUUUUUGGGCCUCAUAAGAGGAGGGGUAUAUUGGGUUAGACUAGAUGAUCUCCAAUUUCCUAUCUAGUUCUAAAUUUUAUGAUUCUAACCCCUAUGUUUUAAAGUUCUAUCAUUUAAAACAUUAUCAGCUUGUCUCCUAAUGUAAAUAUAGCUAAAAUAUUGCAGAAAAAUUAAUGGCCCUACAAGAUUCAUUUUGUUGUUGUUGUUGUUAUCUGUAAGAUCUGCUAUGAACCUGAAUUCCUCCUAAAUACUUUGUUCAUUUACUCUUUUAGGCCGCUGUGCACUGUGGUCCGCUAGUAAACUUAUGUUGCAGAGUGCUAAAUGAUAUACUGCUAUUCUGAAAGAGUCAGGGCUCUUUAAGGCUCCAGAAAAGCAACCAAGUCUUGGGAUAAUACGGCUGAGUAGUCAGUUGCUAUAAAAGCAUAAGUGCUUUAUAUUUUGAAUCUUUUUUUUUAUUGGGAGUGGGAGGAGGGGGAAUUGCAUACAAAAAUAAUACACAUUAUAUAUCCAAGUUUCUGAAAUGAAAUAGUUUUUAGAUUACUUUUUCAACUGUAAAUAAUGUACAUUUAAUUUCACAAGAAAAAUUGUUCUCUGCAAAUUUUCUAGUAUAGCAAAAAAGUUUUUGUAGAUGAAAAAAUCAUUAUGUUUAGAGGUCUAAUGUUAUAUGUUUUCAUAUUACAGAGUGAAUUUGUAUUUAAACAAAUUUAAAUUUUGGAAUCCUCUAAACGUUUUUGUAUCUUUAAUUGGUUUAUUAUUAAAUAAAUCAUGUAAAAAUUU